AUGGCCUUUCCAGGUCAUCGAGCAAUGUGGCCCGUCAACAAGCGGAAGCUCAACUUGAGGCGACCGAUGUCGACGGAUGCCUGGUCCCAAAAUCCCAACUUCCUCACGGUGAUGAUGAGCCGGACGCUGCAAGCCUCCACCUUGCAUUCGCGACAGUUGGCGGCCAGUAUCCUCUCCUGGAGGUUGCCCCGUGCUUGGCCGACCCUGUCCGAGUCCGAUGCUGCGAGAUUGCAGGCAGGGCUUCUGGAGUGUUUCAUCUCCUGCUCUGAGCUGCCAGUGCUGAAAGCACUCGGUGAGGCUUGCAAUGCUCUGUGCCAGUCCAUCGCCCUGAGCCACAACACCAUGUGGCAGGAACUCCUCAGUGCCAUCGGCCGCUGUCUCAGUGGUGAUGCUCUCCACCGCCGUGCGGCGUUGGAGGUCCUGGCCUCUUUAGUUCGCUCCAUGGGCGCAAGGCUCCACAACUAUUACCCGGAGAUCGGCACCACCCUGGCGGCGCCCUGGAGAUGUGGAGCGGUGCAAUGGGGACGCCUUUGGCAAAUUGGGGCCUGCGUGAAGGAUGUGGAUCUCAACGUCCGCAUAGCAGCGUUGUCGGUGGUUGGGGCCUUGGCAACAUCACAAGGUCAUGGAUAA